CGAUUACUGCGUAAGGCUGGAACAGGCGAGACACACUGAGAUGUGCCGCAGGAUUCGCAGCUAGAAGCUGUGAAACCCCCCCGGAUGCUCCGUUGUGUCAAACGUUGUCAGUGUCGUGAUCAAGACCAAUGCUUCUACAACCCAAUAAGCGAGCAUCAGAAUGGAUUGCAACUUGCAAGUCAUCGCACUACGUCCCACUUACUAGGCUACAGCAUUUCAGCCGUUUCAAGGGUCUUCACUUAACAGCGUACUGUACUCAAAUUAACUGCGUUAGGGUGCUGGCACUAGAUCCCUUGGAGCCAUCUGGCCCUGCCGUCCAUUUUAGUAUAACCCCUCCUUUUUGCACUUAGCCUGGAUGUUGAUAGAGGGGUAUCUUUUCAUGCUUAUGGAAAUCGCGCCAUCAUGCAGAGUUCGGGCAAGUUCGGUGCAUCUAAUAAAUGAAUACUAGACUGCGACUCGGGCUUUAUCCAUCUGGGUGUCCGAGGCAGGCUCUUCGGUGUCUGUUGCUUGGCGUGGAAAUUUCGAUACAGAUCAGAAGAGUUACAUGUAAAUGUACAAUGGCCCAUCCAUCCUCUUACCAAAAAUCUAGCUUCCAAUGUAUCAAUGCUUCCAAGUAUGUACAUGCAUUGGUCGUGUUCUAUGAAAUUAUUGAGACCACUUCAGAAUGUGCUGGGAGACGGCCCAUCGAUACACGCAUGAAAGAAAUUUUGCAUCAAGGACACCAAAAUCUACAUUUUUGAAGAAGGGAAUGCAUGCGCGUAACACCCAGCAUGAGGUUCAGAAUCCCUGGCCUUUGGCUCUCUCGAGAGCAUGGAGUAGAGAAAUGCCUUCUCUGCCACAAUGCUAUUUGAUGCAGGAAGUGAUUGGUUUUCAUCCUUUCUGUGGCACGAUGUUUUUCUAACUUAGUAUCCUAACGAUCUUAG